AUGAUUAGACACUCUUUUCUGAUUGCAUUAGCAACUCUGAUAUCCCGAAAACUUUUGAUACGCUGUUCACCGUCUAUGCCUGUGCAGUCACCAGUAACGUCAUUCUGGGUAACCGUUGAACCUGUAUCUGUUACGUGGACCAAAGGUUGUCUGACUUCUGCUGGAUGUGACGAUUCCAGGUUAACCUUAUCUGAAUGGAACUUACUUAGCGAUGAAAGGACUUCCUCCAGCUGGUCUAUACACGAAUUUUUCGAUUCUUCACAUGUGUUUAUAAGUUAUUGGAGUAAAGGAAGACCUGCAGAUAUAACGUUUAAUUAUGAGGUAGUAGGCGUCGAUCCAAUUUAUGGAUUUUCAAGAACCUGUGAUUCCACGCAAGCACGAGAAUUAAUAUUCAAAUCAGUAGAACAAGAAAAAACACCAGCAACAGUUCCCUUGCAACAACAAUCUGAUAAAGUAACUUUAAACCUGACUGGUAAAUGUUUUAAUGCAGCAAUAAUCAUACAAAAAUAUGAACUUAAUUGCCCUUGGUGCUCUUGCAGCGAAAGUUAUGCAAUUAUUGGUCAGUUAUCGGAAUCUGAAUCACGUGAAUUUAUGCAUCACGUGAACGGUCCACCAGAAACGCUGGUUCAUAUAGGUCUAAUGGCGCUGUCAGCAAUUGCAGUUGCAACAUCCGCUGCAUUUUCAUGCGUGCUAAUUGCAUAUCUUCGCGAACGGCGAUCUAAUUUCAGGAGAAAUGUUGCAAAGUACAGUAUGAAAUGCUGCAAUAAUAAUUCAUCAAUUUGCCGAGGACACCAAACUACUUCUCACAAGAAACGACUAACCAAUACUGAAAUUUCUAGAUAUGAGCCAAGGAAUGAUUGUCCCACACUGAUGCCGCAUCGAAUGGAAAACAAUCACUGUGGAACAGUUACUGGGAAUAAUGUUUCAGGCUGUCAUAUUGUAGCCAACGACUGGAAUACAGAAUUAGUACUUCCUGAUAGAAUACAUAGGUAUUAUAAGUCUACUGAUAUACCACCUGUUUGUAAUGGUAACUUGAAAGUGUAG